CCUUCCUGUGAACUUCCUGGUCUCGAACCAACAGGAGUUCUAGCUGCGUGUCACGUGUCCAGCCUCGCUGAACUUUGACGUUGAGUGCGUCGUGUCGGAGUCGGAGCUGAGCAGAGAGCAGCAGUGAAAGGUAAACUAUGGGCCGCCUGUAUGGGAAAGUGAUUGUUCUGUCUGCCGCUGCUCAGGGGAUUGGACGUGCUGCAGCAAUCGCAUGUGCUAAGGAGGGAGCUCGGGUCACAGCCACAGACAUAAAUGGAGAAAAGCUGAAGGAGCUGGAUGGUAUUCAAGGGAUCAGGACCAAAGUGGUGGACGUGACCAAGAAGGACCAAGUAGAAGCCCUGGCCAAGGAACAUGACCAUGUAGAUGUUCUGUUCAACAUUGCUGGAUUUGUGCAUCAUGGCACCAUCUUGGAUUGUGAAGAGGACGACUGGGACUUUACAAUGAACGUGAAUGUGCGGAGCAUGUACCUGAUGAGCAAGGCUUUCUUGCCUAAGAUGUUGGCAAAGAAGUCGGGAAACAUUAUUAACAUGGCAUCCGUUGCAUCAAGCAUAAAAGGCGUUGUUAACCGGUGUGUCUAUAGUACCUCCAAGGCUGCUGUGAUUGGACUCACCAAAUCCAUAGCUGCGGAUUUCAUUGAGCAAGGGAUUCGCUGUAACUGUGUUUGUCCUGGGACUGUUGAUACUCCAUCACUGAGGGGUAGGAUCCAGGCUCAACCUGACCCAGAACAGGCUUAUAAAGACUUUAUGGCAAGACAGAAAACUGGCAGGAUGUGCACAGCCGAAGAGGUUGCAUACCUGUGUGUAUACCUGGCCUCAGAUGAGUCAGCCUAUGUGACUGGGACAGAGCACAUCAUCGAUGGAGGUUGGAGACUGUGAGGAAGCUGGAAGGAGCGCAUCAUUACAGAAGUGGAAACCAAACCUUGAAUUCAAAUAAAAUUUUCACAAAUUGAUGUUUUUA